CACUACAGGCUGUCAUGGGACCAAAGACACAUGGCAGUAUCUUGAGUAGAAAGGAAAGAAUCCUGCCACUGGCUUCUGUUGAAAAGGAUUAUAAUGCAGAAGUGAUAACUCAUUCCCCUCCUGUAAAGAGAUGGAGGUUUGGUAUUCUGCAGGUACCCAUCAUCACCUGUUCAAAACAGUUUAAGGAAGAUGAUUCUGGGCAGAAGUGUGAAGGUGUGAAAGCAAAUGACAAGAUGCAGUUUUGGAACUUUAAAGGAAAAACAGCAAUAGCUGAAGAAAUAGAUGUCAAGCAGAAUCCUUAUGGAGAAGUAAGAGAGAAGACUGAGUUUAAUCCAGGUUUGUUUGGUGGUGGUGUUAAAGGCGUUAGCUGUGACAAAGCAUGUGAGCAUGAAGACGACUCAAGAUCACUAGAGUAUGAUCGUUAUUUGAAAGAGACACCAACAUCCAGGAAUAUAAGUCAAAAAAUUAGUCUAGGAGCCAGUGACUUUGAGAAGUGCAAGGAGGACAAAGAAAAAGCAUCAGCAGUGCAGACAGAAUCAGCCAAAGUGGAAGAUAUCGGUCAGCGCGCUGAUGUAUAUGUGCAUCAAUCCGAUAUUAAUAAGGAUAAGCUGGAAAACCAGGAAAGUAGCAUAGAGCCAGAGCACAGUGCUGCAUCUAAAGUCACAGAAACACAUCAGGACCUGAAGACCUCCUCAGAGGAAAGUCAGAGGAGUUCUGAAGUCGAGUGUGUGCAGAACAUGACCCUUCCAGCCAAGAAUUCUGGAAAGUGGGAGCCUCCUCGAUCAUCACAGGGGUCUCCACAAAUCACACUGCCGCAGGAGCCCUGCUUAAAUCAAACCUUCAGGAGCAAUGGAGAAGCUGAAAUGCAGAUUAUUCACCAAACACAGCGCAGUGAAGGUACAAGGCAACUCCUAUACACACUGAAAAAUCAGAACAAUAUGUCGUUACAGACAACAACCCCUUUGAGAGAACAUAUGAAACAAAAAUCCAAUGUGGAAACCAGCUCCAACAUCUCUAAAGCUGCUUUAGAGGUGAAUAAGCAGAUACACCCAGAAAGUGACAGAGAUGUAUACAAGACCUCAGAUACUGCCAAACGUACCCUAGCCCUAAUCUCUGACCCCCGAGUGUGUGAGGCCAGCCGUUUCUCACAGGAAGAGAGGAUGUGUGUGUUAGAGGAGGCUGAGGAAGCAAGGGCGCUGGUGGCUACGAUGGUUUAUCAGGAUGGAACCACACAGUUGGACCCUGAGCAGAAAUGUCCCCCUGCUGUGUGUGGAGUUUUGGUUCUGCUGAAGAAGAGGCUAAAUUCACUUGUUCUGGAGGAGACUGGAGCAGCUGAGGAGAGAUUGCUGUUUCUGAGACUCGAACAGAGACCUGUUUGGGCUCAGCAAGACUUGAAACACAACCAGGAUCUAUUCACAAGAGAGAUACUGGUGAAGAUGGUGUGUGGAACCCAAAUCUUAGUGUGUUAUAAAUCUAAAGACCUCCUGCGAACAGUACUCAGUCAUUUCAGCAAGGAUCUGAGCUGGAAACAAGUGGCCAGUUGUCAGGUGUUGGAUCCUCAGAUCGCUGCCUGGUUACUAGAUCCUGCUGAUUCUGCCUCCUGCUUUCAGGGGCUUUUCAAGAAGUACUGUACUCAGCCUACCACAUGUACUCCUGCACAGUCUGAGCUCAGAAACAAGAAGGUAACCCAUGUGAUCUCCACACGCCUGUCUCAACUGCACAGGGUAAUGGUGGAGCUUAGGAACAAGCUGGAGACACAGGGUCUGUGGCAGCUCUAUGUCUGCAUGGAACAGAAGAUGAUUCCAGUUUUAGCAGCUAUGGAGAGCCACAGGAUCCACGUGGACAAGAAUGCCUUAAAGAAGACAUCAGAGAUGCUGGGGACUAAGAUGAAGCAGUUGGAGCAGGAGGCUCACCAGACUGCUGGUGAGAAGUUCCUGGUGUCCAGCAGUUCUCAGCUUCGAAGGGUUCUGUUUGAGAAGCUCCGCCUGCAUGAACGCUGUGAGAAUAAGAAGUUACCCAAAACCAUGCUGAAACAGCAGCAGUCCACCUCAGAGGCCGUGCUCUUACAGCUCCAGGACCUGCACCCCCUUCCCAGAAUUGUUUUGGAAUACAGACAGGUUCACAAGAUCAAGUCCACAUUUCUGGAUGGGAUUCUGUCUUGUAUGACGAAGACCUGUAUCUCCUCCACAUGGAAUCAGACGAGUACUGUGAGUGGUCGACUGUCUGCCAAACAUCCAAACUUUCAAGCUCUACCCAGGCAGCCAGUACAGAUCUCAAAGAAACUGCAGGCGGAAGGGAAAGAGGAAGAGCUGGUAACUGUUCACCCACGUACCAUGUUCAUACCACAAGAGGGCUGGACUUUCCUUUCUGCAGAUUUCUGUCAGGUGGAGUUACGUCUGUUGGCUCAUCUCUCGUCUGACCCCGAGCUCUUGAGAAUCUUCCAGAACCCUAAAGCAGACGUUUUCAACAUGCUCGCCUCUCAGUGGAAGGGUGUAAGUGAGGACAGUGUAAGUGCAGAGGACAGAGAGCAAGCCAAACGCAUUGUCUAUUCUGUGGUCUAUGGAGCUGGAAAGGAGCGCCUGUCUGUUAUACUGGGGGUGAGUGCUGAAGAGGCCAGUCAUUUUCAGGACACUCUUCUCCAAAAGUACAAAGAGGUGCAGGCCUUUAUCCAGUGCACUGUGCAGCACUGCCACAAAUACGGUUACGUAAAGUCCAUAAUGGGUCGCCGCCGGUCACUCCCUCAUAUCCAUUCAACAGACUGGGGCAUCCGCAACCAGGCAGAAAGACAAGCUGUCAACUUUGUAGUGCAAGGUUCUGCGUCAGACCUCUGUAAAAUGGCUAUGAUACACAUCUGCUCACUUUUGGCCUCUUCCACCACUCUCACCGCCAGGCUGGUGGCUCAGAUCCAUGAUGAGCUACUCUUUGAGGUGGAGGACUCACAGGUGGAGAACUUUGCAGUGUUGGUGAAGAAAACAAUGGAGUCCCUUCAGCAGAUCAGUUGCCUUGGAGUCAGUCUUACAGUUCCUCUGAAGGUCUCUGUGUCUACAGGACGAUCGUGGGGCUCCAUGUGUGAAGUCAAUCUCUCCCAUGCUGCUAUCACACACGCCACUGUUUGAGGUCUUUCUCUGAGCUGAAACCCAUCACCAUGGAAACUGGGCUGCUGCAUCUCCCGGUUCUUGUUCCUCGCUUGUUGUAUCCGGGGGCAACCGUAGGAGACUAGACUGGAUUGUGCCAGUUUGUUUCAUUCCCUUCCUUCAGGCAUUUGUCUCCGUUCACCAACACAAGUCCAUUUUUAUUCUGCGCCCUGGUUUCUAUCCGUCUCUAUCCGUCUCCGGUCACACCUUCUUACCUUCAAUAAUUUCCUAUAGGACGUGUUCAUCAAGCUUUUGUACUUAACGGUUCUGUUAACAAUUUCAGCAGUUACUGAAUCUAUUAUCGUUCGUAUAUUAGCAAUAAAUAUUCCAGUUUAAUGUAAAAUGUAACUUCAGUGAAAAUGUUAAUGUUCCAGUUCCAUCUUAAAUCCCUGUGUUUACCUUCUCUUACUACAGCUUCUUGGUUAUUAAGUACUGAUGUUAUUACCAUAAUGGAAGAUGAAGGCAAAAACACAUAUUAGCAGUGUGAUGGCAAGCG